AUGAAUGCCCUUGUUAUUGGCGCUACCGGAUUAUGCGGCUCAGCAAUUUUGAAAUAUGCUACAAAUGAUUGUAAGUUAUUUUCUAAUGUGUAUUCAAUUUCUCGAAGAGAGAUUCCAAAUUGUGGGGACUCUGUGAAGUCGAUAAUAAAUGAAGAUACAGAAACCUGGAUUGACAGUAUUCCAGACGGGAUCAAUGUUCUGUUUAGUGCCCUAGGCACAACAAAAGCAGCUGCUGGUAGUAUAGAAAAUCAAUACAAGAUAGAUCAUGGUUUGAACCUAGCAGUGGCUAAAGCCGCAAAAGAAAAAGGUUGUAAAACUCUGGUACUUGUUAGUUCCCUUGGAGCUAGCAUUGAGUCUAGAUUACCAUAUUUCAAGAUGAAGGGCGAGCUUGAACGUGAUGUACUUGCCUUAGGCUUCGAAAGAACUAUUUUAUUGAGGCCAGGAGUUCUAUUAGGAGAAAGAGACUCCAAUUACACUGGCUUUGGCCGCAGUCUAAUUACGAAGCUUGCUAGUUGGAUAUACAGAGGUAAACUGCAAUAUCUUCUUGGUUGCCCUGUUUAUGCCGAUGAGGUUGGCAAAGUCGCAGUGAAACUGUCGGUAGAUGAUGGGACUGACAAGAAUAAAGUGAAAAUUGUACACUCUUCAGGAAUACUAGAAACCGCUAACAGUGAUUAG